AGCAUAUUUACUUUAGUGAAGUUACACUAGGGAUAAAUCUGGCCUCUCAAGCCUGAAUGCUUGCACUGUAUUGCUGAGUAUGUAUGGGGGUGAAAUGCCAGCCUCUUUAAGAAAACUACAGCAAAUGGCUCUUUAUCUGGGGCUGUUAAGUGGUGGGGGAUGUGCUGUGAUGUAUUAUCUUAUGCAAAAAAAUUUUGCCAGGACACAGUAUUAUCAGCUGGCUAUUGAGCAGCUCAAGAAUGACUCUGUAGCCUUGGCGGCACUGGGGGCUCCCCCUCUUAAAGUUCACAACAUCAGACUGACAGACAAGAGUAAUCGCGUUGACAUGGCCAGAGCACAGUUAAAGAUACCAGUAUCCGGAACAAAAUCAGCUGGAUAUCUCCAUACCAGUUCAGUAAGAGACCUCUCCCUUAACUGGUCCCAAAUGGUUGGUAUGCUACAAAAUUUAUCCAGGCAUCACCAUGGUACCUGUGCCUCUAAGAAGCUGCUGGAAUACUACUACUACAGGUCAGCGAUGUGUUCUCAUGCUAAGUCUCCGUUGGUGCCUGAUUGCAUACUUCUGAUUGCAAAUGAGAUGUCUGGUUAACUACUCAGGUCAUAACUGGUGUUCGUAACUCUGAGGAUGGAUCAUCAUCUUCUGGUCUGACCUUCCUGUAUAACACAGGCUGAAGAACUUCACCCAGUAAUUCCAACAUCACAAGCCUUUAUCUCAUGGUUGAACUAGAGCAUGCUUUCUGGAAAGACACCUGAUUUUGAUUUUAAGAUUCUAUGAUGGACAAUCCAGCACAUUCCUUGUCAAACUAUUCCAAUGGUUAAUUACUGCUGCUUAAAAUUUGUGCAUUAUCUCUAGCCCGAAUUAACCUAGCAUCAGCCUCUGGCUGCUGGAUAUUAUUAUACCUUUCUUUGCUA